CGUGAUAAGCUCGUGUCAUGAUUGCAUAACCGAAGAGAGACUGCACCUCGAAAAGAAUACACAUCGCAACAACAACGAGAGCGGUCGAUCAGCGGUGGACUUGUUUUCGUAGCGGGGGGAGAUCGAAACGUCCAAAUCCACGAAAAGUACCAGCACAUACACACCAUUUCCCCAUUUAUAUAAGUAUCUUGUUAUAUAAAGCUGAAGGCAUUCGCAGCCCACAUUUGUGUGCAAGCAGCAACCUCCGGCCAGCAGUGAAAUCCUCAACAAAAGCCCAGUCAUGGCUGAGGAAGGAAUUAUGGAGACGAUGCGGCUGAGUGCCAGCGAGUACCUGGAGUACAUACCGGAGAAUCCGCUCAAACCACCCAUGGAAUCAGCAUGGACCUACAUGACUGACAACUACACCCGGUUUCAGAUAGCUACCGUCGGGUCUGUCUUGGUUCACAUGGCAACCUACUAUCUGCUGAGUUUUCCAGCGUUUACUUUCCAGUUCAUACCAUACAUGAGGAAGUACAAAAUCCAAAAGGAUAAACCAGAAACCGCAGCGAGCCAGUGGAAAUGUCUGAGAAUUCUUCUGGUAAACCAGUUGUUUGUGCAGCUACCGAUGGUAUGCGGUUCGUAUGUCUACUGUGAGUUCUUCAAUAUAUCGUUUGAGUGGGACAAGAUGCCGGCAUGGUAUGUUCUGAUGGGUCAAUUCUUAGUAUGCCUCGUCAUUGAAGAUACUUGGCAUUAUUUCUUCCACCGCGCCCUUCAUGAUAAGAGAAUCUACAAGUACAUCCACAAGAUCCAUCACAACUUCCAGGCUCCAUUUGGUAUUGUUGCCGAGUAUGCCCACCCUGCUGAGACAAUGAUCCUUGGACUAGGCUUCAUGUGGGGCAUCAUGCUGACCUGUAACCACCUGAUGCUUCUAUGGGGAUGGAUGGCAUUCCGUCUACUUGAGACCAUUGAUGUUCACAGUGGCUACGACCUCCCCCUCAACCCACUGCACCUGCUACCCUUCUACGGAGGUGCCCGCUUCCAUGAUUUUCACCACAUGAACUUCAAUGGGAAUUAUUCAUCAACCUUCACUUACUGGGACAAGAUCUUCGGCACAGACAAGCAAUUCAUCGAGUACAAUGAGAAGGAAGCAGCCAAAGUAGAGAAGAAAGAUUAAAGACAAAUAUUUGACCCAACUAGCGCUUUUAAGAAUUUGCUCCACCCCUGGUGAUUAUAUUUUUUUCCAAAAUCACUUAUUUCAAAAGAGGGUUUUGAAUUUAAAUUAAAUGCCCGAGUUAAAGUUGGCUAUUAUUUAUUGGAAUUGAUUUAAUGGAAUGCAGAGAUGAAAUGAUGGAGCCCUCGUCAUCAUAUUAUAUACCUUUAUCAGGCUACCUCCAUCUUGGUCAUGAUCCUCGCAUCCAAUAACAAUAAUGAAUGCUAAUAAUCAUUCAGCAAAUCGGAACCAGA